GAAAGCCCUUCAAAUGUCAGCCAAUGUCAAGGAAGUUGAGGAAGAAAAAAAUUGUAAACAGGAAAAGAUUUUCAUCCGCAAUUGUGCGUAAAAUAAAGUAAUUAAAAAAUUUUUAGGGACAAUGAAUGCUGCUAAACAAUUAAAUAGCCUAUUUAAGAGCCCUUACCUGCGAAAUCAGUGUGGCAGAAUAGUUUUCUCACGUAUCUCUUGCAGGCCUAUUUGUUGUUCCAACAUCCGGAAGUUUCACAUAACGUCUCUGCAUCGUUUCUCAGGUGACAUUCAGGAGAUCAAUAUGCGCCCCCAGGUCUAUGUGACACGUCCUGACUAUGCUUCUGUUGGCAUGGAGAUCCUCGGAGAGGAAUGUGAUUUGACAUUUUGGAAUCAAGCCUGCCCAGUUCCACGGGAUGAGCUGCUGAAGAAUGUUGGUGGCAAGGAUGGGAUCUUCUGUGCACUCACGGAGAAGAUUGAUGUAGAACUGCUGGAUCAGGCAGGACCGAAUCUUAAGGUGGUUUCCACAAUUUCCGUUGGUUACGAUCACAUUGAUGUAGCUGAGUGCAAGAAACGUGGGAUUCGCGUGGGAUACACCCCAGAUGUACUAACGGAUGCCACGGCAGAGCUGACAAUGGCUCUACUCUUGGCCACCGGGAGACGUCUCCUAGAAGCCAAUAAGGAAGUCUACAAUGGUGGAUGGCAAGCAUGGGAACCCGCAUGGAUGUGUGGACCAGGAAUCAAGGGGAGCACCGUGGGACUCGUGGGAUUUGGGAGAAUUGCCCAGGAAGUUGCUCGGAGGUUAGUUCCAUUCAAACCAUCGAAUAUUCUCUACCACAGCCGUACGAAUCAUCCGUAUGAAGCGGAAAAAGUGGGUGCUGAGAGGGUGUCCUUCGAUGAGCUUCUCAUGCGAAGUGACUACGUGAUUGUGCUGUGUGCCCUCACAGCUGAAACACACCACAUAAUUGACGCUGAAGCACUGGCAAAGAUGCGACCAACGGCAAUUCUGAUCAAUACAAGUCGCGGUGGGUGCGUGGAUCAAGAUGCUCUCUUUGAUGCCCUCCAAAGUGGCCAAAUUCGUGCUGCAGGCCUCGAUGUAACCACUCCGGAGCCCCUUCCACUCAACAGUCCCCUCCUGACGCUGCGAAACAUCGUCCUGCUGCCCCAUAUUGGCAGUGCGGACAUUACAACGCGCCAAGAGAUGUCCCGCGUGACAGCAUGCAACAUCCUAGCAGGUCUCAAGGGUAUUAAGAUGAUAUCAGAACUCUGACCUGGCUGCGCGGUCUCAAUUUAAAGCUUCUUUAUUCAUAAAAUAGAGAGAGAUAUUUCUUGGGAAUAAGAAUUUAUAAUUGAACAACACUAUCGCGCGUGGAUCCACCGACGAGGAGAAGAUAUUUCCUUUAUAAAAAUCUUUAUUUUUGUUUUAAAUUGUUAAAGAAAAAAAUAAUUGUUCUUUGUGAUAAAGAAUGCAAAACCAAAAAAAAUUAUGUAAUAUAAAAUUGUUCAAUUUUUCUCA